CAAGUUAGAGUUAGCUGGCGAGCCACAGUCCAGCAAUAUAGAUUAUGGUGUUUCAAUUCUACUGCAGACCGUUACCAGGUUGGUCACCCAGAUAGAAGAAGCACUAUGCUACCUCCAUCAGGUCAUUUCUUGGUGUACCUGCAUUACAUGGGUAAUUGGCUUUGUGCACUAAUUAACGGCCCAACUGGGUACCUUGAUGGCUAUAUUACUCAAAGCACUGGUGAUAACCUCAGAGUAAUGGAGAAUAGGCCUGAAAAUCCUUCGGAUACAGCAACAUACAUAGAGGAUGCUGAAUUGCUACCAUGGGACGGUGGCUAUGUUUUUGCAGCUUCUUGCUUACUUGGACACCCUGGCUUAACAGGGGCAUUUCCUGUUAUGUUCAAGUUUGUUCACGGAGUUGGAUCUGAACAUGACUAUAAGGAGGUGACUGCUGCUGGGGAGACAAUCAUCCUCCAUCUCUCAGAGCCGGGAAGAUCUGAUGAGCUGUAUUUUGUUAUUAAUAGCAAUUUCAUCAUUGGACGCCUAUUGGGAAGCAAAUUGCUGGCUGAAGCAAGAAACUGGAGGUCCAAAUCGGAAAAACCACUGGAAAUAAUGGAGGAGGUAUAUUCAUCUGUUGCAGAUAGGAGAAACCCAAAGAGGGUAGCUAAAAUAGCAAAGUCUGCAAGUAAGAGUAAAAGAAUAUUGGCAAAUAAGAGAGCUGUCUUUGCAGAUAGCAAAGAGAAGAUGACAGACACUAUGUCCGCAGAUGAAAAGAAUGGAAAGAUGAUAGAAGAAGAAGAAUUUGGAAUUAAGCUGAAGGCAGAACUAAAUGUUCUUGAAGACAUCAGACUGUUGCAUAGGCCGGAUUCUGUACGGGAAAUAUUCCAUCUUAACCAGUUGCCAGUUCAUCUUGAGAAAGGGCGCCCUGUGAACAAUGCCCUGGAUCGGUUUUUGGAACCUCAGAAGCCAAAUCUAGAUUCACACUUCUUGGUCAAGCCGUUCAAACAGUUUGUCCGCUCCUACCGUAAAAGAAAAUGGAUGAAGAAACUGGCCUGGACCUUGAGACAAGUGGCAUGGACUUGUUUGCUGAGGAUAUCAGUGAGAUGCAUAUAAGAUCAAUGGGAAUGCAGAGUGCUGGCAUACAAAAUAUGGGGAAUACAUGUUACGCAAGUUCCAGCUUGCAAUGCCUACAUGCAGUACCGGAAAUAAAAUACACACUCUAUAGCUAUCCAGAUAAUGUGCAAGGCAAUGCGGCAG